CUUGUUUUCACUACGGGGAAAUAACAGCAGUUUUUCUCCUACAAAGACCUCAGAAAGACCACAGCUAUGGGUUUCUGUUGGCAGUCUCAGGGUUUAUUUUGCGGGGCAUGUUUGCAAACCUAACAGUGCGGCACCCUGGUUGAGAAUCACUGUUUUUAGUCCUAGUUCAGGUAUAUUUCAUGGGUUUCAAAUUGCUUUGGCAGGUUUUGACCAUCUGGGGUUGCACCUUUCCUAUUUAAUAAUAAUAUUGUGGCUGUUUUAUGCUGUCUCCCAUGUAUUAUUAGAUAUUAAUAUGUUAGGGUAUUAGAGAAACAUCAAAGCUGAGUAAUAUUCUUUGCAUUUAUUCAUCAGAUUGCUACUGCAAGCCUUGAAAUGAAACAAGAUUUACAUUUCUGUAGCUUUUCUGGUACGUUCUCUUCAGCAACCAGUAGUUAGAAGGGAGUGACAAGUUCACAACUGGUUGUUGACCAAUUUGAUAUCAUCCUCUUUACAUUCGUUGGGGUGCGUUACAAUUUGAAUCCUGCCGUCUCUUUGAGCAAGAGCGGUUUGCUUUCGGUUUUGUGUCCCCAGGCUCCUACCAUUAACGUUCACUUCACAGGACGUUUGCAGGACUAGUACCCCUGUUUGCCAUGUUCGUGAUGUGUACUUCAGUGUAUGUUCCUCCUUCUACAGUAAAAAACAAAAAAAGAAAUGUGAGAUCUCUGCUGAAAUGUCAGGAAUCGCUUCCCUGCUGCAAAGGUUUUACACAGGUGUUUAAAGGUGACCCUGCAAAACGCUGCAUCUCUUUCGGGUCCCAAAUCAAAGCGCGCGUGCAAAUUUAAAAAUUACAAGUACAUUCAUGUCUUAAAACGUGACAUUUGAAAACCACUUCCCCUUCACCUUCCCGCCUGCGUGCUCUAAUCAAAACCCCAUGUCACCCCUGCAAUAGUUGAUGAGAUUACAGUGCCGAGGCUUGCAGCAUUACAUCAUGAGCUCCGGGAAACAUCUGCUCCUUCAGUCAUCUUUAUUCAACUCUUGUCUCUGCUCCUUCACGAUUUAGUGACAGUAGGACACACUCCAUUUCAGUGCUGAAACGGGUCAUCUUCUGCCUUUUUUGUCUUUCUGAUGCGCUUGAAGGACUGAAAAGUUAUAUGUAACGUACAGAAAUGCACAUCUUUGCCUUUAAAAUUUGUGUAGUUUGGGGGAAAUACCAACACUUCUCUGUGGUUUUGGCCAUCCAAACAUUGGUGCCCUGAGAAUUACAAAGUGAAAUUCACGGGAAGCAGAAGUGAAACCCACUAGUGCGUUUCCAUUGUCCAAACUGAGAAAAUAUGCAAACAGUUACUCUACAAAGAGUGAAAGUACCCUGAAUUUAAAUAAUAGGUUAAUAAAGACCAAAUUAUUGGUUGUGACAUAAGAAUGUUUUUAAUUAAGCUUAUCAGAGACUGAAUGUUCCCCUUUUUCUUUUUUCCCUAUAAAGGGGAGGGCUCAGAGAUGGCAUAAUUUCUUGGCCUUUUUGGGUGCUGAAUUUGGAAGAAAACUCGGGAUGUUGUCAUUAAAUAUAAAUAAUGUUAUUUAUGUAGGGGUUUUCCUUAUACCCAAUUGCGUAUGGUUAUUUUGCUCAAACAAAUAUUACUGUAUGUUAAUUAUUGCAUACUCUAAUGACUCCUUCGUAGGAGUAGUAAUACUGAUUAUUUUUGCAUCACUUGGGAAUGGCGGCCAUAUUCCAUCUGCACCAACUGUAUCCAGGCAGACUCGUACAAAACAGAAGUGACAGGAAUGUAACUCACAGAGCAGCAAUCCACAGUUACAUUCCUGGCAGAGAAAGUAAUCUGACUUUCUGCUUAAUGUGUACUUUAAAGAGUUAUCUAUAAGUUCCCUUUUUUUCAGUGGGCACUCUGCCAGCAGUUGCUGUAGCUGAGUUUGCUGUGAGGUUUGUAGCCUUCACUGUACAAUACAAAGGCAGCAAGCUGCAAGAUGCUGUGAUUACUUUGAAAUUGCUUUCCACUCAUACAUGUGCUGGCAUAAGGUGCUUUUCUAUUUUAUGUGGAAGGAUGCUGACCCUUUGGAGCGUGUCCUGGUGCCUAUGCGCUGGGGACUGGUCCCGGCCUGGUUCAAAGAAGAUAAUCCUUCCAAGAUGCAGUACAGCACCUUCAACUGUCGCAGUGACACCAUGAUGGAGAAACUCUCUUACAGGGGCCCUCUUGUCAAGGGCAGGCGCUGCGUCGUGCUGGCAGAUGGAUUCUAUGAAUGGCAGCAACGCAAUGGAGAGAAGCAGCCCUAUUUCAUUUACUUCCCACAGACUAAGCAAGAAAUGUCAGACAUGAAAGAGGAAGAGGACAAUGAGGAGGAGGAAUGGAAAGGCAAGAAGUUACUCACCAUGGCUGGGAUUUUUGAUUGCUGGCAGCCUCCCAGUGGAGGGGAUCCCUUGUACACCUACACCAUCAUUACAGUGAAUGCUUCCAAAGCCAUAAGUUUCAUCCAUAACAGGAUGCCAGCUAUCCUAGAUGGGGAUGAAGCCAUCAGGAAAUGGCUGGACUUUGCAGAGGUGCCAACCCAGGAAGCCGUUAAGCUUAUACAGCCCACGGAGCACAUCACUUUCCACCCAGUGUCCACCCUGGUGAGCAACUCCCGGAACGACACACCAGAAUGCCUUGCGCCCAUUGAGCUAGGACUCAAGCAGGAGACCAAAGCCAGUGCCAGCAGUAAAAUGAUGCUGGAUUGGUUAAAAAACAAAUCUCCCAAGAAACAGGAAGACGACCUUCCCAGGUGGUCCAGUCAGUUCAUCCAAGCUGCUAUGCCCAAAAGAACCAGUGCAAGUGUAAUGCACCAGUGGCUGAAGAAAGAGGAAGGAGAAUCUCCUGCUAAGAGGCCCAGGAUAUAGGAGCCAGCCUGACCAUUUGGAGAUCAUUCCCUGUUUCCAGUUCCUAAGGAGAUGCGACACGUUAUCUUGUUAGGCACUGCAGAUUGAUGCUGAGAUUCCCAUGACUUUGCUGCAUGGAGCAUUUCAGUUUGAUCCGUUGUAUUGAUUUGAUGGUGUAGCUCAGUGUCCCCAUUGUUCUGUAUGUUUCCUGACUCAGGAGGGUGGUGUUGGCUUUGUCUUCCACUAGGCAGGCACGGUCACUUCCUACCAGCUGUUCACUCCCCCCACAUAGCUGGCAGUGACUUUGCCUUGGGAACACCUAUAUACCAAAUACGUAUGUGAUGGUGAGAGGGGCACUUGACCCUCUGGACAGGGGCCAGCGACUGAACUAUCUGAAGGUUAAUUUCUCUCCUGCCCUGGUAUUCAGCAGAUUCUCUCCAUGGUGCCAGUGGGCAGCUAUCUAUUCUUGACAGUGUCUCUUUGACGCUGCUGAUGCUGAAAGACAUUUGCAACUGGGAAAUUAACCAAAGGGCCAACAGCAAGUUAAUGUUUCAGUGAGACAUUCCCCAUCCUUCUCACCUCCCUUUUGUCCAAAGCCAGGAAAUUCUGUGCUAACUCUCUCUUGCUUUGCCUUACAGUGUUCAGAAAUGCCAUAGCACUAUGUGGGUUUCAGGGCAGGGGGAUUCUUGGGCUAUAUGUGGAGAAGAGGAAGGUUGUAUAAAUAGGUAUUAAGGGAACAGAAUCCUGUUAAAACUCAGGAAGCUUUCUGUUGUGGAACUGAGGAGGAUUAUGGAGAGAAAGAGAGAGUGUGUGUGUGUGGUGACAUACACAAAGUGAUCCUCAUUAACUCAGUUUUGCUGGCAAACGUUAAAAAAGUGCCUUUACCUUAAAUUGUUUUCAUGACUCAUUGCCUGUCCCAUUUCUGACAAGCUGACCUGCCUUCAAGGAGCCUGCGUGCUAAGCCUCAGGGGCUUUUCUCACUGACAUUAUAAUAUUUUGUGCCAGUUUCUUAGACUGUCUCUGUGUCAGAUUUUUUAGAGCUACGUGAGAUUUUUCCCCUCAGAUUUUGUACUGCUGCUGCUCUCUGCAUUUCAGUGAGGAGUCAGCAUUUUAACCACUGUUAACCCUGCUCUAAGCGGGGUUAGAUGAAACAUGGGAAAAAUGGGGUAUUGGAUAUUGCCUGCAUGAUGGCCCUUACUGCCAGUAACAGUAGCCAGAUGUGGUGAAUUUGAGGAGACAAAAGAUUUUCAGAAGGGCUGAGCAUAUCGGCAAAAUCUUAGCAGAGUUCCAGUGAGUGGUGACUGGGUUUUAUUCAUCUCCUUGGGCUGAGUCUUCAUCUCAUAGCCUUUAUUUUUCCCUUUGGGGUAGGCAGUGGGUCUUGGUCGUGUCAUUUGUGAUGCUGUUUUGUUAGCAUGGUUUUAAGAUUUAAACUGUUUUUCUGAACUCUCCAUUCAGAGAACUAACAAUUACUCUUUUGAGUAAGAUGGUAAGAGUUAACUUUGAGCAGUACCUGAUUAGGAAAGUGCAUGCCAUUACAGUCCACUAAAGCAACUUGCAUUUUUUUGUCUUGGUCUAAAAUUGGACACCGUUGGAGUCAGAAGUGAAAGCAAAGACCUCAGUGUGCGGGGGCUGCUCUGCAAAGCCUUGCUUGUUUGCUUCUGACACAAUAGUUUGUAGAAAAUAAAGCAAUGGGUUUGUCUGUG